AUCCCUCAUUUUACCUAUUCAUGACUUCAUUUAUAUCUCUCAGCAAUUGUUUGUUGGAAUUAUCACACUGGUUUUUCAAUCAAUCCAACAAAAAGAGGAAGUUGAAGCAAUCGUGUUCCAGAAAGUUGGAUGUACCAAAUCUUAAGAAAGUUAAAGUGGUAGAGAAUGAGGCCAUUCUCGUGGAUUUAAAGGAUGGAGAGACUAUCUUUUUGAGGCAUUCAAUUCUAUUAUUGGUACAGAGAUAAGAGACAAAAAGAGUUGUCUGGAUAUUAAGAAUUUUGCAAUAAUGGCCAUCCAAGAAAUUGUCAAUUCAAUUCUGGGAACAAUUGUAGAGAAGUGUGUCGAUCCAAUUUGGCAUCAAUUUCAGUACUUAAUUUUCUACAAAAGCAACGUUCAAACUCUGAGCGAUGACAUCAACAAAAGGUAGAUCGAGCAAAAGACAAUGCUGAAGAAAUUAAACCAACUGUUGUUGAUUGGCUGAAACGAGUUGAGGAUGUCAAGAAAGAUGCACAUACUAUUUUUGAGGGUAUGGAGACUGCUAAGGUGAAUUGCUUUAAUAUUGUUAGGCUUCCAAAUUUGAAGUCACGGUAUAUGCUAGGCCGACGUGCGGCGAAAAAAAUGAGUGUUCUAGAAAAUCUUUUAGCAGAGGGGAAUUUUGAUAAAGUUGGAAGCAUUGCUCCAUUAGGCAAAAUGCGUUUUAGUGAAUCAACUCCAUCCUUAGAGAAAGGCCUAGUUUCUAGGAUGUCAACAAAGAAGGAAGUGAUGGAAGCUUUAAAACAGGAGAAAACAAGCCUAGUGGCGAUUUGUGGUAUGGCCGGUGUAGGCAAGACUACUUUGGUGAACCAAAUAGCCGAUCAGGUUAAGUUUGAGAAAUUGUUUGAUGACGUUGCCAUGGCUACGGUGUCUCAAACUCCAGACAUGAGGAGUGUCCAAAAUCAACUUGCUGAGCAGUUAGGGCUGACAAUAUCUGAGCAAACGGAUUGUUUAAGAGCUGAAAGAAUGUAUAAGAGACUAACCAAUAGUGAUAAAAGAACUCUUGUUAUAUUGGAUGACAUUUGGAAAGAAGUUGAUUUUAAGAGUCUAGGAAUUCCCGUCAAAGGUGAAUGCAAGAGCUUAAAAGUAAUAUUGACAUCUCGGCUCUUUGAUAUGUGUAGUAUUAUGGGAGCUGAAAUUAUUGUGGUCAAUAUGUUGCCUGAGGAAGAAGCUUGGCAUCUUUUUAAAGAGAAGGCGGGAAUUUCUGAUGAUUUCAUUUUGAACGAUGUUGCGAAACAGGUUGCAGGGGAAUGCAAAGGUUUACCUCUUGCAAUCGUUGUUGUUGCUAGGGCAUUAAGGAGCAAUCAUACACUGGAAUCCUGGAAUCGUGCCCUUCGACAACUAAGAAAGGACAGAAUGGGAAACCUAAAAGGAGUUCAAGAUUUGGUGUUUUCAAGAAUUGAAUGGAGCUAUAAUCAUUUGGAAACUGCUGAAGCUAAGCACCUACUUUUGCAUUGUAGUUUGUUUCCAGAGGAUUAUAGUAUUCCGAUCGAAUGCUUGGUUAGGUAUGGAAAAGGGCUACAGCUGUUCCAAGAUAUGGAGACAUUGAGAGAUGCAAGAGACAAAGUAGACAUGCUGGUUGAUGAGUUAGAAAGCUCCUAUUUGUUGCUAAAUGAUGGUGAAAAAGAAGACCAUGUAAAAUUACAUGAUGUCGUGCGAGAGGUUUGCUUGUCAAUUGCAUCAAAAGCAGAGCAUGAGUUUUUAGUGAGCAAUGCUGGAGUGGGAGAAAAGAAUUCUUACACAGCAAUUUCACUAAUAUCGCAAGAUUCCAAUCAUAAUGUACUUCCAUUUUGCAAGGAAUAUCCAAGGCUUAUGCUGUUGCGUUUGGUAUUCCAAUUUGAUUGGGCAUUUGAAUUAGGGAAAUUGGACCUGCCAAAAGAUUCUUUCUUAGGAAUGGAAGCUCUCAAGGUCAUGGAGUUAAACUUCUUCCAUAUAGAAUUUGCAGUAUCAUGGCCUGGCCAAAUGUUAAGGAGCCUUCGGACACUGUGCCUGGAUAAUUGUUACUUGGGCGCUGGAAUGUCAUCAAUGCUUGGACAGAUGAUGCAAUUGGAAACUUUGAGCCUAUUUGCAUCCGAAAUUCAGGAUGAUCGGUUUCCAGCUGAUAUUACUUGGUCGAGCAAUUUAAAGUUGUUGGAUUUGAGGGUUGAAAGUAGCCUCCACCCCUUGCCUGUUGGUAUCUUGUCAAGCUUGAAGAAACUAGAAGAAUUGUAUUUGGGAUUUCAUUGUCAGUUGCAGCUAGGGAGAGAUAAAGAAGAGGAAAGAGGAUGCCUUAAAGAAAUCUCAUCAAUCUCUAACCUCACACGUCUCCAAAUUGAUUUAUGUGACCUUAACCUCCUACUUCUACUAUUGCAGGAAUUUGAUACUUAGAAACUGUCAAGAUUUCAUAUUGUAGUAGGUAAGUAUGGAAGAAAAUUGUCAGAUCUGAGCAGAAACUACCAAUUUCAGAAUAGCUUCGAACUUUAUUUCUCUCAUGAUGAACCGUUGGAUGAUUUGUCUAGCAUUGAAGCAUUGAAACAAAUGUUUGAUCCUAAAGUUAUUGGCAUUAUCGAGAGAACUAAGAAUCUCACUUUGGAUCUUUCUGGAUCAUCAUGCUUGAGGAAUAUUGUGCCUCACUUGGGUGGAAAUGGAUUUAUCUACUUGAAAAAGCUUGAUCUGAACAAAGGACAAUAUGAAUGUCUCAUUGAUUCUGCCACCAAUCCUAUUGCUCGACAUGUUUUUGAAAAUUUGGUGUCCAUGAAGUUAAGAGAUCUGAAGUUGAACAAAAUAUGGUAUGGAUUUCUUCCACCUUGGUGCUUCAGUCAACUCCGAGAGGUGCAACUUAAUUAUGUAAGUGCUUUGGAGUUUUUGUUGAAGGGGCCAAUCGAACCUCCAUCAUUUUGCAACCUCAGAUCUAUUGAGGUAAGAAACUGUGCUCAAAUUACAACUCUCUUCUCACAAUCAACAUUGAAAUGUUUGGUGAAACUCCAGAAGUUAGUAGCUUAUGACUGUAAAAAUUUGGAGAGCAUUGUUUUGAGAGAGGAAAGUUUGAAAGAGGAAGUACUUGAGCUACCCCAACUCAAAGUCUUGAGACUUAUGUGGACAAACUUGAUGGGUUUCGGCUCCAAAGAUAGUAAGGCUGGGGUUUUUUUUGACCAGGUUUCACUCCCUCGCUUGGAAAUACUAAAGAUAAAUAGUCCUGGUGAUGGCCCCGAACUACUAAUAGGAGGUAAAAUGCCUAGUAGGUCUCUUGACAACUUAAAAUCUAUGCAUCUCUACCAUGGUGACUCUAUCCAAUGCAUUGCCAAAGCUGAUACGGUUUCACUAUUACAAAACUUGCAAACACUUGAGCGGUGGUGGGGUAACAUGGAAUACCUUAUCGACUUUGAGGGUCUAAAAGUUCCUAAUAUGCUAUCAAAAAUGGGACUUGAAAUUCUUCCCAAACUAGAGUCACUGGACUUAUUUGCCUGUCAAAGGUUAACCCAUAUUUGGAGGAAUUUUCCUGAAGGGGUUCAAAUAUUCCAAAAUUUAAGAAGUCUACGUGUAGACUAUUGCCCUUUAAACUGUUUGUUUUAUCCUCCAAGUGUGGCUACGAUGCUCAUAAGUCUUGAGAAACUGAAAGUUCGUAGGUGCUCGAAAAUGUGUGGAGUUAUAGGUGAGGAAGAUGAAGAGGUCAGCCAAGAAGAUAAUGCUCAGCAACAUGAUGCUGGAAAACAUGGAGAAAUUGCACUGGAAAGAAUCAGCAAGGCAUUUGUGUUUCCUAAAUUAAACUCUUUGUGGUUGGAAGACCUUAAGAAUCUUCGAAACUUUGGUGGUAGUCAUCGGGAGGAUUAUGAGUUUAAAUUUCCCCUGCUCACUAAAUUGUUCAUAAUGAGUUGCCCAAAGUUGAAGAAAUUGUGUUUCGGAAAUUUGGAUGCACCAUUGCUUAAAAAAAUCCAAACAAAGUCGAGAGAUAUAGAGAAUUUUGAAGCUCCUGUGGAUUUAAAGGAUAGAGAGAUUUGUCCUGAUGAUGGAGUUGUUUGAAUGGACAUUAAGGAGUCAUCAAGUUGAUUGAGUAAUAUGGGUCCGGCUACUACGAUCUUGACUGGUGGACAAGGCUGUUGGAUAUGGAUGGAAAUCUUAGUUGGGUUAAUACAAUAAGUGUGGAACUUAUAUAAGCAUUAUGUUUUGCCUACUUUUGUCCUUGAUUUUCUAAAAAUAAGUGUAUUCUAUGUAUUGUAUUAUGGCUUUACACAAUAAAUGUAUUGUCUGCAUUGUAUCAUGACUUUCAAACUAUAAAUGUAUUCUAUGUGUUGUAUCAUGUCCUUUAGAUAUAAAUAAUGAAGCUAUUCUAA